AUGUCAGUUACUAGUCAAAUAGAAAACAUCACUGCUCUUAGUAUUUCAGAUACAGAUAAGAUUCAAAAAUAUUUUGAAGUUUUCAAUGGGAUUUUUUUGGGAAAAGAGAAUAUCACAACUAUUCAUGAGUUUAUUGAAGCUGUGAUUAAGAUUCCAUAUGGAGCAAGUAUCAUCCGAGUUGUAUUUAAUAAUCUGAUUGACGCUCUCAAAGCUAAAAACAUCAACUGGGAGUUAGAAGAACAGAUUUUGAAAACUCUUAUUGAUAAUCUGGCGCCAAUGCUCAUGUCAUUUGAGGAGCAGGACAUUGCAGUACGACAGCGACUAGCGGAUUUAUACGAACAACAUGAUGAAAACAUCAACGCAUCCGUAAUUUUAGAGCAAGGAAUUAAUCGACGCAUUUUGACAGAUGAUGACAGGUUUGACUGGUACAUUCGCAUUGUGCGCAAUCGACUCGAGGCCGAUGAUGCCACAAAUGCCGAGGGUUUUUUGAACCGCGCAGCAUUGCUUCGCCCUAAAAUCAAAAACGUGCCGCCUGCUUCUAUAGUUCACUUUAAGUUUUCACAAGCCCGUGUUGCUGAUUCAAAUCGCAACUUUAUUGACGCCGCUCGCAAAUACUAUGAUGUCUCAACAACAAUGGAUGUGGCACCAGAGGAGCAAAUGGUGUGCUUAAAAUCUGCAGUAACUUGUGUGAUUCUUGCACCAGCCGGCCCUAAACGUUCCCAGGUUCUGCGGCUUAUCUACAGCGAUGAUAGAACCCGCCAGUUACCGGACUUUGGGAUUCUUGAAAAACUACACACCAAUCGACUAUUACGGCCUGAGGAACUUGUGUCUUUUGAGCAAGAGCUGCAACCACAUCAACGAGUAUCACUACCUGAUGGAAUUAGUGUACUAGCACGGUCUGUGAUUGAUCACAAUAUGUUAGCAGUGUCUCGAAUCUACAGCAACAUUAGCAUUGAGCAGCUUGGUCGGCUUCUUGGUCUUGACAAAAACAAGGUGGAAGAUUACGCGGGCCGUAUGAUUUUGCAAGGCAGACUUGCAGCAACUAUUGACCAAGUUGAUGAAGUUGUACAAUUUAUAAACGACGACGAUUUUAGUAGACUGCAUUUAUGGGAAGCCCGAGUACGUGUUCUCUGCACCGAUCUGGAGAACAUUGUAUCGGGCAUUACACGACAAGAAGAGGUGCUGGCAGCAAAGGCAACAGCACCAGCCUCGGUCUAG